AGCACCGAAGCUCGCUGCCCCCGCAGCCACCGUACUGCAAUCUCCGCUGGCUAAAAAUGUCUUCUCAGAGCUCCUUAAGCGGAUCAUCUGGUUCGGACUAUGGAGGAAUAAAUCUUCACGAAGAACUGGAACGGCACCGACGAAUGACUAUGGAAAACAUAGAACAACUAGAGACGACUAUGAAAUACGAAAAGUACAGGGAGGAAAAAGAAACGAAAGAGAUGUCAAUGACUUGCGACAGUCUUUCCCCGAUACCAGAAGCACCUGACAACACUGAGAUGAUAGUGCAAGAACUGGAGGAAUGCACAGCCAUAGGCUUUGCGCUUGCUGAAAAGUGCAGACCGGAGGAAAAACUGGGCGAAGCCGUUCAAGCAUGCAAGAUAUUCAGGCAGCGUGCUCAAGCCCUGCUGGCGGAAGCGGCGGAGCUGACUCGACUCGCGGAGCAGGCGGCCGAGACGGAUUCGGACGACGAGCCCGGAUCCGCCGGCACAAGCAAGAGUACUGCAAUCAAAUAAGCGCAAUGCAUUCUAAUUUUGCUCUGCUCCAGUGCGGCUUUGAGUUGUUCUCAAGCGUGGUGUCAGAUAAGGUAGAACAUGUGUGCCGCUUAUGGAAGAUACCAGUAUCGCCUGCCAUUGUAAAAAAAAAAAUUUAAAAAAAUAUCGACAAUUUUCUUUCUUGACGUCCAUUCAAGUGCGGCGUUUCUACAAGGGAAUGAGAUGGGUUCUGGCAACUCCCCUUUCGGCGCUAUAACUGUAUUUAUCCCACAUCCUUAACCUGUAUUUUCGGGAGCGUCUUUUUGUACCACCAUCGAUAGCCAUGCGUGCGUUGUCUUCCUCUAAGGGCUAGGAAGCUUUAUGCGGAAAGCUCUUAUCUAGACAGAUGGUAAUGGAGAAAUCGCUUUUCUCAGCAUCACCUGAGGCGAGUUUUGAAAGCGUAUACUUCAUAGGAAAAAAAACACUCGAGAAGUGCCGCGCGACUAGUCGAGCGGCACUUUCUUAUUUUUUUCUUUUUUGCGGGCUUUCUUUAACGUGAAAGAGCGUAUGCUUGGGCAUAUUGGUAAUCCAUGGUAACUUUUUUAGCGCAUAAAACGGACUCAAAAGAACGACGCGGACACAGUGCUACUUGGGAAAAACGUUUAAAGUAAAAAUAAAAAAUAAAAGACAUUUAAAAACAAACGUUUAUGCAGCACGUACUGAACAACAGAAAAAUGGAUCGGGAAUUUUUCAUGAUGGCCUACCAUAAUCUACUUGACAAUUUUGCCCCGAUAAUGAUAUUUGAGUAGUUUAUUACUGAUUCUGUACUUAGUCAAAAUCCCAAAAACUGCACGAGUUGCUCCAAGCAGCGGAAAACAACAUUACCUUGGUUCUUUCCAGCUACUUGGCACUCCCAUAUUUAAAACUAACAAAAAAUUAAUUCCUACAUAAAAUCUGGACAUCUUAUCGAAAUAACGCAUUGUAUUUAAUGAAUUGUAUGAUAUGAUUACUAGCUUUUCUGCGAUUUACAAGUCAUUCGGUAUGUGCCACUGCAUCUGUGCCUAUUCUUGGCCGAUCUUCCAGAAUAGUUAUAUACGCCAGUGACAGAAUCAGGUGUCCCGAAAUGUAGCUAGCUACGCAUAGUCUUACUACUCCCUGCACAAUCCUGUAAUGGCUAUUCUUCUCUCCCAAGCAUCGUGCAUUGCCUUCGUGACAUCGCUGCGUAAACGUCUCACACGGUACAUCCACCCGACUUCGUGUCUGCCUUCCGGCAUAGCUUGUGCAAGAUAUAAAUACGGGACGAGCUUACAGAUGUAACCUUUGCAGCGCGUAAACAUAAACACUGAAUGAGAUUACACGUUGCAUUCGGCGGUUUGCCUCGACGCAUGGUCCGAGCGAACGGGAGUGGGUGCCAAAAUAUCACGAGGUUCUGCGCCCACACGACUACCCCUUUUGCCUCAGGACGUCACGGCACAUAUGCACCUCCUGGGAAACGUAAACUGGCCGAAGAGAAUCUACUGUAAUAAACAUGGCGGAAGGAAAAAAAAAAUAGAGAACGCUUAAACUUCGCCUUUAAGAGUGUAACGCGAUGCCAUUCAAAGAUCCCUUACUGCUUCUCAUGCUUCACGGCAACUGCAGCUUAUGUAACCGCAAUGUUUACCGGGAAACGCUGGUGGCGAACGCUAUGCAACGAAGACGAGCUUUCUGGUAGAAAUGCAGCCUCUUGCAUGGGCGCGCAUGCGUCGUAUGCGCGGAGGCGAGCGCCAUCUGGACGGUGUUGCAAGGAACCGGGCUCGCCGCUCUAUGGAAUGGUAGAAACGCUGGAAAACGGGCUUGUGUCGAGUUCCCGCGCAUAGAAUUAUGUUUUUUUUUCCUUUAUUCAAAUUACAAUCCGACGUUAUCAUGUCUGUAGGUUGCGUGUAAGUCGUACUUUACGAUUUUUCUGAUCUAUUCUACUUUGAGAAAUUCAACUAGUUCAGUAACGCCUCUGCGAUACACGGAAACCCUGCAUCGUUCGGUGUGCGUGGUUCGGAAUGAUUUUUCGCUCACAAGACGGUCGGCUCCCGCGCCGGACGCCGACACCGGAUUUUCUGCGACAAAGGGGGCCCUACCAAUCCGCGCAUUAGGAGGAAACUGUGGAGGAAUUCACGUGACACUUUUUCAUGAAACGGCCUUGUCAGGGCGCAAUAAGGGUUCUGUUAUGGUAGUGUGUGCUCGUGUGAUCCGCAGGUCUCGUACCUUAGCAAAGGUGUCCUGUGUGCAGGUUUGCGUUAGUCUCCGUGUUUUGCGCCGCUGUGUUAGCUACAGACCGUACGCUCCCGGCAGUUGUGGCCAAGCGGGACCGGAAGCAAAAAAAAAAAAAAAAAUUUAGUGGCGUUUCACUUCGUGAAAGUGGGUUAAGCGCAAGCAUAUGGGUGUUGUUCCGUAGUUUCUAAGCUAUGCCGUCUUGCCUGACACACUCGCAUUGUUGCAAGCCGUCUAGUCCGCUCUUCAGGAGCCUCCUGGGCAGGCCUAGCCCGCAAGCACCGAACACGAGCUCAAGAAGACCGGCAAAAGGCGAGGGCUCGUGAGCCCAGAAGACUCCCGCGGAACGUGCUAGGGAAAGCGCGAGGAGGAAAGCGGAGGAUACAGCGCAACCAUGAGGCGGAAAGCGGAGCCAAAGCGCAAGGCGUAGUACCACGCAAGACGGGCUCUACGGCGACGACCGCCAAGAGACUGCGCCAGAGUAGCGCGCCGUCGUCUGUUCACCGAUACUACGAGUAUAAUGGAAAUAAAGCACUGGAUGAGUGCAAGUCCUGCGGCGGCUGCUCUGAAUUGCGCCUACACGUCACCCGCGCGCUGCCUCUCCCCAUCAGCGAGGCAGUCGCACCACACUUCGCUCCGUUUGCAAUGUACCGCAUGAUACAGACUGUCCCAGCCAGCCCAUGUAUCACGGCAUGAAAACAUGCAUAGAGCGCGCUCAAAUUUUGUAUUAGGGAAACAUCGUAAUCAUCGGUUAAUUUUUAACGCGAUAGCGUUAAGGGCCCCGUGUCGCAGAAAAUCCGGCGUAUGCGUUCGACCAUCUUUAUGGAAAAAAUAAUUUCAAAGCACGCAUACCUAACCGCCCUUUUAUCACCCAAGUUGCUCAUACCUUGUCUUUCAUUAUGUACAAAAUUAUUCCUCAUAAUUUUGAGGACAGCCCACAAACAAAUGUCAUGUAAAAAAACAAAAAGCCAUCAAAACAGGGACGCUGGUGGUGGUUUUCUCAAGUUUGAACUCGUGUUUAGCGCAAUCUUCACGAGUCUUUUGUCUCGUUGUCGUCAUUUUGCUAGGAUUCGAGCUUCGGUUCCGGAUUGCGCACGCUCUUCAGAUGUGCGAGGUUGUGAUCAAACCAGUCUAUCAUACCUUGCAGCUGUGGCCGCACUCACGGUCGAGGAAUUCCCUUUAACCGUUAGCCAUGAGCCAAAGCGUCGUUCUAAGGCUGAGUGCAACCAGUGACAGCAUGUAACUGUCCUAGAACUGCGUGCUAUGACCACAUGCAACCAAUAUUCCAUCUCGCCAGUAGAUUGAAUCACGCAUUCCGUGAAAGCCUUCCAGUAUGUUUUUCCUUUUUUCCAGGCAGAAUUUUUAAAGGGCCCCUCACCAGGUAUGGCCAUUUUGAGCCGACAAGCGCAGAGCAUACAAUGCGCUCUAACGAUUGUGUUUGCAAAGAAUUACAUCGCUAUACGCCGCGGAAAGCUCUGAAAUUUCAAUUCGAACGCAGUUUUCCCUUUCCCUCGCGGCGACCGCGCUCCACGCUGGACGGUGACGUAGCCGUGUCCGCAGUGUGACUUCGACAGUUAUUGAAGGUAACAUCUGCUAUUUGUGUGAUCUGUUGCUUGAAUUGACGAACUGAAGUUUAGAGAAUAAAACAAACGAAAUGUCUGCGUGUUUUUUUUUGUUUUACUUCGCGCCGAAGUGAGAUGUACUUCCGAUUCGUCUGCUUGUUCCCACGGCGAGCAAUCACGUGCGUAGGUACCGAAAUUAUGCCAUUUUCUACCGUGUUCCAGCGCGUGAUAAUGCUCUACGAUCCGCUUGUUCUGCCUCGGUAUUCGUGUAGCACCGAAUUAUACUGCUAGUCAUGGGUCCUCGUGCACAGCGCGUAAAAUCGUGCGCUGCGCGGAACGAGACAUCACAACAGCUCGCGCGCAAUGCCGUCAGCUGAAGUGCGCAGCGCCGAAAAAAGAAAGAAAGCGAGAAAAAAAUGAAGGCGGGGCCCAUGACGCAUGUGUCACGUGAACCUCGAGGUUUGGUAUGGGAGAACGCAGGGAAGGAAUUUCGCUUGCGGAGGCUAGAUGGGGCGAUUGGAGAGAGUUUCGCUACGCAGUGAAGCUCGCCUUCUGAAAUCAUGGGUUCGCAGCACUGAACUAUUUCCAUCUCGGCUAUUAAUGAGCCGAUCUGAAAUUAUUUUGCGGCAGAACGCUCCCUAGAGGACACGUAACAACUUCCAGCAUAUAACAAACAUUUGCUAUCGGACCUGGUGAGGGGCCCUUUAAGAAUGGUGUACUCGCACUGCGUCUAGGCACCACAUGCUAAAGAUAGCUCUGGCUAUAUAACUUGGCCAAAUGAGGUUGCAAGCAAUGUGAUCUGUUCAUAACAAGUGUUUCUCAUU